GCUAGUGUGGUGUGAGAGGCCACAAGGAACGACGCACAACAGUAUCGCGACCGGCGGGGGAAAUGUGGGCUGAAGGGGGGGUGUAUACGUGCGCCGGUCGAGCCGGCUUCGCGGCCCCUACUCCUCAAUUCUUCAGUUGGAUUUUAGAACAUCAGACGGGCGGGCGUGUGUAGGAUGGAUCGUUAGUAACAUCAGCAGUUUUUUUUCAUUCCGCCUUCUAACAGUGUUUGUUUAUUACCUUCCGGCACACUUUCCGUAAAUCCUUCUCGACGGUGGUGCUUUAUUAAUUUUAUUUAAAUUGGCGUUUAUUUUCUAUCUCACCUUUAUAAACGUCGUCCCGAUUUCAAGUCGAGAAGGCGGCCGCACAAGUUUGAAAGCGGCUUUUAAGAGUAGUACCACCUACUCGAAAUUCUUCAAUAUUACUGCAUCAACGCAUCAAGCAGUUAUCAAGAUGGUGAAGAAGGUUUCUGAAGAGAGUGUAGAUAGUGGAGUCGGUCGCUGCAGUAGCCAGUCGGGCAGCGAGCGGGAAUCGGACGAAAGCCCGAGGGUGGCAGAGCCCUCGGCGCCCGUGCCCAUUCCUGACAGUGAAGACCUGCAGCGCCGUAAAGAGGAGGCGCGAAGGAAGCGCCGCAGAAAGAAGCGCUCGGGUAGCUCCGUGGUCACAUCAUGCUUCCAAGACCUCUACAAAUUGACUGGCGAGGUCCUUGGCGAAGGGGCGUACGCGUCAGUGCAGACGUGCGUGAACAUAUACACGGAGCAAGAGUUUGCUGUGAAGAUCAUAGACAAGGUGCCAGGGCACGCCCGUGCCCGGGUGUUCCGCGAGGUGGAGACAUUCCACUACUGUCAAGGGCACCCAAACAUAAUCCAGCUCAUUGAAUUCUUUGAGGACACUGACAAGUUUUACCUUGUCUUCGAAAAGAUCAACGGCGGGCAACUGUUGUCGCGCAUACAGGAGCACCACUAUUUCUCGGAGCCGCAGGCGGCAGAGAUAGUGCGAGAGCUAGCUAACGCCUUACACUUCCUGCACGGGAAGGGCGUCGCUCACCGCGACCUCAAGCCGGAGAACAUACUGUGCGUGCACACCGACCGCCUGUGCCCGGUGAAGAUCUGCGAUUUUGACCUGGGCAGCGGCAUCAGCUUCACCUCCAGCCUGGCCAGUCCGCUAGCCACUCCGCAGCUUAUGACACCGGUUGGCAGCGCGGAGUUUAUGGCGCCCGAGGUGGUGUCACUGUUCGCGGGCUCGGCGGCCGCGCACUACGACAAGCGGUGCGACCUGUGGUCGCUCGGCGUGAUCGCGUACAUCCUCCUGUGCGGGUACCCGCCGUUCCGGGCCGACUGCGGCGCCGACUGCGGGUGGGAGCGCGGCGAGAACUGUCGCGCGUGUCAGGAUCUACUAUUCACCUCCAUUCAGGAGGGGCGGUACAGUUUCCCCGAGGAGGAGUGGGCGCAGAUCUCAUGGGAGGCGAAGGACCUGAUCCGGCAGCUGUUGGUGCGCGAGGCGUCGCACCGGCUGAGUGCGGAGCGCGUGCUGCACCACCCGUGGCUGCGCCGCGCGGACCCGCCCCGCGCGUCCCGCGCCCCCCACACGCUACACCCGCCCGCGCGCGCGCACCCGCCGCUGCACACGCCCGCCAACAUCAAACGCAACAUGUCGGCGCGCAACCUGUCCAACUUCGCUGAAUCCGCGAUGGCGGUGAACCGCGUGAUCCAGCAGCACUUCUCCAUGAACUACUCGUACAUGGAGCGGCCGCCGAGCGCGGUCCGCUGCAGCAAGUCCUGCUACCCGAGCCCCGACGCCGUCGAGGAGGAAAUGAACGGGGGCGUCCAGCGGAUGGCGCUCCGGUGCGCGGACUACUGCCCCCCGCCGCUGGGGCUGUCGCCCCCCGCCGAUUCGGAGCUCCUCCGCCGGCGACACGCCGACAAACCCCUCCCGGUCCACUAGCCGCACGCUCUGCGUUCCCGCCGCGAUACCUCCAUUCGAACUAAACCCGCUUCCGACGAUCACGUAUUUCUAUAUGUUAUUGUGCUAAGUCGUUCGUGAAUUCUUCGCGGUUUUAGCUGGUAGGAAGCU